UAUCCAGAAAUGGUGCAAAAAAUUUAUCUUGUGAAUCCACCGAAGAUAAUCAGUAUGCUCUGGAAAUUAGCAAAGCUCUUUCUAACCAAAGAGAACUUGAAAUUGAUUGAAAUUAUUGGAAAUUAUGAAGAUCUACAAAAGGAUUUGCCUGCUUGGUUUAUUCCUCGCGAAUAUGCCGGAGAAUUUGUGAACUGCAUACCGCCGGGUGACGAGUCUGGCGUCAGUAUCAGGAGGAAAAUUGUCCCGAAGGAUCACAUCACUCCGUAUCAAAUAUAUCGAAGAAAAGGAAUAAAUCGGCCAGAACCGCGCCGAAAAGACAUCCCAGCUGGAACACUGUUUGUGGAAAGUGUAGUGCUUCCAGGCAAUCACACCAAACUACUCUGGGAUUUCACAUGCAGCACUGGUGUUGAGUUUACAAUUUAUGAUAGAAAAAGAAAGUUAUUGUACCCGCAGCUGCAUUUGUUCACAUCGAGCCUUCCCGAAGAGGGCAUCCUGGAAAACCUAUCGCCCGCCAGCGAAUAUUUCCUUGAAUUUCGUAAUCUAAGCGGGUAUUUCUCCUGCAGCGUUGAUUAUUCCAUUUGUUCUGCCCCAUGA